CCCACAACCUGUUGCGAGAGCCCAGCUGCUGGGUUCUUUCCUGGCAUUUCGGGCUGCCCUCGCUGGUGCGCGCUGAGGCUCCGGCAGGAAGGAGCUCCUUGUGCCGGGCUGGCUGCCGGGAUGGACAUGGCAGAGCCAGACCUGUACGAGAGACUGCAGAUCCACUACCCACCCAGCCCCAGCCGAGUGCCAGCACCUGGAUCCCCUCCGGCCGCAUCCCGCUGGACACUGGGCACCGUCCUGGCCGUGGGCAUGGGGGUGGUCCUGGUGGCCACCCUAGCAACCCUCAUCACCCUGUACGUGCAGGGUCAAGCAGAGCUGCGGGGAGCACAGGAAGAGCUGGUGGCCAUCAGAGCCCAUCCACUGUCUGACCCCAAUGGGCAGUGGCUGCAGGGACUGUCCCUAGGAUGGCGGUACCACCAGGGGAAGAUCUACUACCUCUCAGGGGAGGGGAAGUCCUGGCACGAUGCAGAGGCCGCCUGCCGCUUCACUAAAUCCCACCUCGCCUCCAUCACCAGCUCUGAGGAGCAGGAAUACCUGGCACGGGAGGCGAGGGGAGGAUCCUACUGGAUCGGGCUGACGGCCAUGGGCCCCAAUGGCUCCUGGCAGUGGGUGGACGGAACUGCCUACUCCAAGGCCCAGAGUUUCUGGGCGCCGGGGCAGCCAGACAACACGGACCACGGGCAUUGGGGCCAGGAGAGCUGUGGCCAGAUCCACCCUGUGCGCAAUGGCCUCUGGAACGACCACAACUGCAACUUCAGCUUCCCCUGGAUCUGCAAGAGGGACCUGAGCAUGCCCUGAUGCCCGCUGCCGGAUCCCCUGCUGGCACGCUGCCAGCCCCACUGCCAGCCCACUCACCCCAUGCAGCGUGCUGGAUGAGCGCCCCGGGGACCUCCGCUCCUCCCUGAAGCAGGGCUCCUCCACCAAGGACCCUCUGCCUGCCCCAAAGCACCAGGAUGGGGAAACCCCAACCCAUCAUGUGGAGGGGACGGAGGCCCCCAGCACCCAUCCAUCCUUCAGGCUGGCGGGUGAGAGGUUUGCAGAACCCCGCAGGGGGAAAACCAUCUCUUUUUUAACAUCCAUUUAUGGCCCCACGGAGCCACUGCCCACAGUCCUGUACACACAAAGCAGUGCAGGAACACGGUGCCAUCCCAGCUCCGGGUGGAUUCUUAUGGGGACGGCUAUUAGCGCUCCCCAGCCCUCCUGUGACGGCAUCAGGGGGACAAACAGAUUAAAAACUUGCUCUUUGCUGA